GGACUUUUCUUCUUUUCUUCUGGGCAAGCACUCCCUCCCUCCUGCUUCUCCUUCAACGACCGUCUCCCGCCGAUCUCUUCCUCCUUCCCAUCCCCACUCCUCCCUGUUCACCUCCGCCCCUCGAACGCCUUGCUCUUUUUAUUCUGCUUUGGACCCAUUCUAGCUCUUCAUCCGCAUCCUUGUCGCCUUCGUCGUCUUCAUCGUCUCCUCCUCCGUCAUUCUAUCCCCUCCCCCUUCGUCUCACAUUCCUCCUGUCCCUCCCCUCCGAACCCUGCGCACGAUAUAUAGGUUUACGUUCAGAUCCCGUCUCCAGGUGUCCAGACCUGACGACUAAUCCGUCGACCCAUCAUCGCUUGAUUGUUGAGCGGCUACACGGCAGUGGAGCAGGCACGCCGGCGAGCCGUGGCAGGACUACUACCGUAGUAGGCAGGCACGGCACCCGGCAGCUCCAUGUAUGGUCUUUUCUGCGAGAGAGUAACGAGUGAGUGAGUUAGCGAGUGAGUUAGCAAGUGAGCCAGAGAGUGAGUUAGUGAGUGAGCCAGCGAGUGAGUUAGUGAGUGAGUGAGCCAGAGAGUGAGUUGGUGAGUGAGCGAGCCAGCUAGUGAGUGAGUGAGCCGGAGAGUGAGUUAGUGAGUGAGCCAGAGAGAGUUUGCCAGAGAGUGAGUUAGUGAGUGAGUGAGUGAUCAGCCAUACAUCAUGGCGGCGGAGAGCUUCCACCUGGACACGCAGUAUUACUGGGUGUAUAUCGUGUCCAUCAUUGUAUCCUUCGCGAUGGCGUGGGCAAUUGGUGCCAACGAUGUGGCCAACUCUUUUGGGACGUCCGUGGGCUCUGGCGCCCUCACGAUGAAGCAAGCCGUUGUCAUUGCCUGGGUGUUCGAGUUCUGCGGUGCCUUCUUCUUAGGAGGUCGUGUGGUCGAAACCUUGAAGGGAGGCAUUGUUCCGCCGGAAAUUUACGUGCUCAACCCGUCGAGAACCGAGUUCAAUCGUGACGGCGCCGAACUACUGAUGUGGGGUAUGUUUAACGCGCUCUUGGUAGCCUCGACGUGGAUCAUCCUUGCCACGUACUACGGCAUGCCGAUCUCAACGACUCACUCCAUCAUUGGCGCCAUCAUCGGCUUCAGCAUCGUCGCCAAAGGCUCCGACUCGGUCACUUGGUACAAGGAGGAUCCCAAGCUUGACAUGCGGAUCGGGGGGUUCGUAGCCAUCGUCCUCUCGUGGGUGCUCACGCCGUUCAUCGGGGCGGUGGCGUCCAUGAUCGUCUUCGGCUUCACCAAGCGGGUCAUCUUGCGCGCAAGCGACGCGGAGCGGCGGACGCUCAUUGCGCUUCCCUUCUACUACGGCAUAACCGCGUUAAUCAUCACCUUCUUCAUCGUGUACAAGGGGUCUCCACGGCUGAAGCUGCAGAACAUUGGGAACGGGAAGGCCACGUUGAUCGCCUGCGGGGUCGGAGUCGGCGUCGGGAUCCUCGCACAGCUCAUCGGCAUUCCCCUGGCGAGGAGAAGAUUGGACGGACUGGAGGAGCGGAAGGCGCGGAUCGAGGAGGCCAAGGCGCGGAAGAAGGCGAUCGUCGAGGGACCGGAUGCGGGGUCGCGCGGGCCAGCGGGAGUGGGCGCGAAGACCGGCGUGUCGCCGCUUUUGCGCGACGUGGAGAACAACGCAGCGGAGGCAGGUGCGCAGCACCACCUUUCCGCUUGGCAGCGGGUCAAGGCCUGGUACUUCAUGAUCGAGCGGAAAACCGUUUCCCACGACCUAGAGUUCACUGAACACACUCUCGGCCUCCAUGCACGCGCAGAACUUUUCGACGAGCGCGCCGAAGAGCUCUUCAGCUUCCUCCAGAUCCUCACCGCCUGCGCCGCCGCCUUCGCCCACGGCAGCAACGACACGGCCAACGCCAUCGGGCCGCUAUCAUCCGUUUACAGUCUCUACAGAGGCGAGACGAUCAAACCGGACAGUAAGAAACCAGGCCAUCUAAUGGUGGAGAAGGUGGAGGUGGAGUCGUGGAUGCUAGCCAUGGGAGGCAUAGCAAUCGGUCUCGGCUUCGCUGUGUGGGGAUGGCGGAUGGUGCGCAAUCUGGGCGGAGCUGUCACGAUGAUGACGCCUUCGAGGGGCUUCACGGCGGAGCUUUGCGCCGCUCUCACUGUCGUCUUGGCUAGUCGGUUCGGCAUGCCUAUAUCUACCACCCAGACCCUCGUUGGAGCCACCAUUGGCGUGGGAGCCUCCGAUAACUGGAGGAAUGUCGACUGGGUGCUGUUUGGCAAGUUCGUGUUCACGUGGGUAAUGACCAUAGCCUUCGCUGGCCUUGUCACCGCCGGGCUAUUUGCGUACGCCGUCUAUUCUCCGUCCAUUCAACCGUGACGGACGAAGGUUGCGCCCAUGGUUGGUGGAAACCUCCUGCUUGAAGCGAUCGAGCAUAUUUUUCUGUCCAUCUAACAUACCUUAAGAAAUGACAACGGAAUUUAAAGAAAAAGGGAAGAAAGAUAGGCGUCAGAGAUGUAACAUGUUGAACCUGAAAAACAUAAAACAAGAUAAAGAAAAAAGGUUAACUGGACCAGGUUCGUUCGUGGUCACAAGAUCGCACACACUGUCAGGUAACAGCGUAUGAAUAAAAGGACCUCCUUCUUCGUCCCCUUCUCGCAAACGACGUCCUUCGUCCUACGUUUGUUUUUGUAGUGUUGUGUUCCGUGCUGCGAAUCGGGCUGCGAGUUCGUGUGCCAAGAAGGUAAAAGCGCACCGUUGUAAGAUUGCAAUGAGAGGGCAGUCCAUAUGUAUCAGGAGAAGAAAGAAGUAAGAAAGGGAAACUUCAAGGUGGGAUGACGAGGGCGUUCUGCUCUUCGUUGGGGUGUGCGAUGGGGUCGGGAUGUUGCCAUUCGUAGGAUGAAUGGGAGGAGAAGUGAAAGGCCGGUUGUACAGCGCAGUACGGCAGCGGAUCGGGACGGACCGGUCGUAGUCGUGGGUGAGAGAGCACACUUGAAUGGGCAGAUUCCGGAAUAUGUCUGGCGACCACGUUCGGCUAGCUUCGUUCAGAAAGUAAGAAGGAAAAAACCAUCCACCUGUAUCUCGCCACAGAGGCUGCGCUGAAGUUGACUCGACGAAGGAGUGCUGUAGCUGUGAAUACGCGGCCAAAUGUCGUCCCUUCAAUAUUGCAGCAUACACGGAGUGCUAUCGGGGAAAGAACAGCCAUGGGUUUUAUUUUCGGCCCGAGGCAGGGGCAGAAAUGACACCCAUGAUGUUCCAUUUUGGGGUGGGUCUGUGGCUUGGGGCCAGAGCAAAGGGGCUCGAAACGGCAAACAGCGCUGAAUCUGUCGGCAGGAAGAGAGUGCUAUCAAUCAUUGCAUGCACGUGCAUGAAAGCUAUGCAUGCAUGCACGUACAUGCAAGCCAUGCGUGCAUGCACGUACAUGCAAGCCAUGCGUGAAUGCACGUACAUGCAAGCCAUGCGUGAAUGCACGUACAUGCAAGCCUUGUGUGCGUGCACGUGCAUGAAAGCCACGCGUGCAUGUUCAUCUAACAGCGCUUGAAGCUUUGAAUGCACGUGCGUGUGUGCAUGGGCAAGGCUCUGGCAGCACUUGCUCCAUGUCCUUCGUUAGGAAACAUCUAAUUGUAAAUCUUACUAGAUUCAUUCCUGUACCUAGUCCGACCGCAGUACCACUAUUCAACCGGCUAGGGCAUGUACUGUUGCAUUUGGGUGGGGGAGAGAGAGAGAGAGAGAGAGAGAGAGAGAGAGAGAGAGAGAGAGAGAGAGAGAGAGAGAGCUGCAGAUGGGACCAGCCAACUUUCCAGAGAUUGCCCAUAGAUCAUAGGACCCGCUGUUGAUUUACAAAGAUGAACCAGCCAGUGUUGCUUUUCUGGUCCGAAGGGGCCAUAACGGACCCCCCCUUCUUCUCUCCCCCCCCCCCCCCCCCCGGAUUAGAGAACAGCAGGACCUGUCGAUAAGAACUCCUCACAGUCCUCAAAGCCGAGCCAGGUCAGCUUGUCAAGAUCCUAGCUUUCUUAGAGUUUAGGGUUUCGCUCUUUGCUUUCCCUUCUGUAACUGACACCUACUUCUCCCUUUUUUCUCCCCUUCUCUUUGGUCAAGCUGAGCCCUUUCUUUCUUUUUCUGUUAGCUGGGCCCAUUUGCAGUAUCCCUCAUAUAUUAAGAAUUAAAUUUGAGAAUAGGCAGGAGUUAUAGCUUUAGAAAAUUUUGAUGUUUUCGAUGACGCAUUAUGCUACGGUUACUAAAUUCAAAUGUAAAUAAGAAAUUCUGAUUAAGAGCGUUGAGCAUGUUCCCAUGUUCCCAUGUACUCGUGCGCGAGAGUUGGGCCUGUUCCAAUGCAUUUGGGAUGGUGGUCCCCACUAGCACCGGAUAGAGGGUAUGGUGGACUCAGCGUGACGUUGUGUGAGGUGCCAUAUAUUUGUGCCCUAUCAUUGUUGUGUAACAAAAAACAUUAUGGGUGAAUGGUUGUAUAAAGGAGGUUAAGAGAAAGGAGGGGAUCAUGGCCAUUCACUGUUGAUUUUGCACGUCAGUGCCGACGAGUGUGUAAUUUUACAUGUCCGUGACAGUUAGUCCGGAUCAGAUACAAUUUUUGAACCGUAUCGGGGGUGCAAUGACGUCUAGGUACUUGUAGAAGGAAGUACAAUGACGUCCAGGUACCUGCCUAAAGUUACCUGUUUUCAGGAAGGCUGAAAGUUAUCGCUUUUAGGUUCUAAGCCACACAUACAGCACGUGAGUGUGUGUAUGGGUGAAUGGGCCUCAGGGCAGCACUCACCAAAUGUGGAAAAUGAGUGUUUCUAUGGGCAUUGCCACACCACUCCCGAAAUGUGCAAAAUGAAAAUGAACUUCCCGC